AUGGCCGUCAUCCUCGACUCCCUCCAGUUCGCCCUGGGCCGACUCCUCUAUCCCAUUCGCGGCCAUGACUCGCGCCAAAUCAUUCAUGACCCGGCAUUCAAAGACAUCCCCAAGCCCACCAUGUCCCUCGAGGCCACGGAAUGUGGUCCCUCUGGCUCGAAACUUCUCCCCCAUCACACUUGUCUAGCAGAAGAUCGCAUCGGUUGCUUGCCCAACCUGCGCUGGACGCCCCCCGAAUGCAACGAGGCCGUCAAGGAGUACCUCUUGAUCUGCGAGGACAUUGACCUUCCAAUUCCAUGUUUAGUCCUUCACCAUGGGCUGUUCUGGGGUAUUCCACCAUCAGCAAACACCGCAACCCCGGCGGAUAUCAGGGAAGAGGAGGGAGCUGCUAAGUCACGCCAAACGGCGGCCGGAUGGCGGUUCAUUCCAAACCUUCUAGGCACGGCAUACGGCGGAGCUGGGGCACCCUAUGGUCAUGGCAGUCAUCGCUAUGUCUAUACGAUUAUCGCACUGAAUGCCCGUCUUGAGUUCCAAUACCCUGAGAAGGUCACCAAGAACGACAUCAAGCGCGCCAUGGUCGGCAAGGUCAUCGGCUGGGGCCAGUGGAUCGGUACCUUUGAACGUACCUGGUCCUGA